UCGGCGGCGCCGGAAGUUGCGACUCGCAGGCGCUGGGACUCGGCUAACGGCCGUUUCUUCUGCGCUGAGGUGCCGGGGCCACCAUGGUGUCGGAUGAAGAUGAACUGAAUCUACUGGUAAUCAUAGUGGAUACCAACCCGAUAUGGUGGGGAAAGCAGGCGCUGAAGGAGUCUCAGUUUACUCUAUCCAAAUGUAUCGAUGCCGUGAUGGUGCUGGGGAACUCCCACUUGUUCAUGAAUCGCUCCAACAAACUAGCCGUGAUCGCCAGUCACAUCCAAGAGAGCCGAUUCUUAUACCCUGGGAAGAAUGGCAGAGUUGGAGACUUCUUUGGGGACCCUGGCAACCCAUCUUCUGAAUUUAACCCCUCUGGAAGUAAAGACGGAAAAUAUGAACUGUUAACAGCAGCAAAUGAAGUGAUUGUGGAAGAGAUUAAAGACCUCAUGACAAAAAGUGACAUAAAGGGUCAGCAUACAGAAACUCUGCUGGCAGGAUCCCUGGCCAAAGCCCUUUGCUAUAUUCAUAGAAUGAACAAGGAGGUGAAAGAUAAUCAGGAGAUGAAAUCGAGAAUAUUGGUGAUUAAGGCCGCGGAAGACAGCGCGCUGCAGUAUAUGAACUUCAUGAAUGUCAUCUUCGCAGCACAGAAGCAGAAUAUUUUGAUUGAUGCCUGCGUUUUAGACACCGAUUCAGGACUCCUCCAACAGGCUUGUGACAUCACUGGGGGGCUGUACCUGAAGGUGCCUCAGAUGCCGUCCCUCCUGCAGUACCUGCUGUGGGUUUUUCUUCCCGAUCAAGAUCAGAGAUCGCAGUUAAUCCUGCCACCCCCAGUUCACGUGGACUACAGGGCUGCUUGCUUCUGUCAUCGAAACCUCAUUGAAAUCGGCUACGUCUGUUCUGUGUGUCUGUCGAUAUUCUGCAGCUUCAGCCCCAUCUGCACCACGUGCGAGACAGCCUUUAAGAUCUCUCUGCCUCCCAUGCUGAAGGCCAAGAAAAAGAAACUGAAGGUGUCUGCAUGACAACGUUCUCCCUUCUCAGUAGAGACCGUGUGGCAGAGCCUUUGUUGGGGAGACUCCAAUAAAAACACAGCCGGGGUCAUCCUUAACGUCGGAGUUUCUUACAGGAAGGGUUUGCACGGCGUCCCUCGCAGCCUGUGCUUCCGGGGUACUCGUUUGCUGGAGGGGAUUACUCUGACUCUGCUCACAGGUGGAGGAAAGCUCAGCUGGUGACAUGUUUUAAUGGCUGCUCAUUGUGAAAGCCCAUUCCGACGGGGGCUUCAGGACCCACGGCCCACACGGAGGGCCUUCCUGGGACAUGGACAGUGGGCGAAGUCUGAACACAGCUUUGGGACAAGGGCCAUUGCUAGAGUGACUGCAUCCAUCAGGAUAGGACGUCUCUCUCUGGAGACAGCAGUUAGCUUCCGCAGGUGUCCUGGCUGAGGUUCAGCGUAGAUCCAGCAGACGUUUAUCCGGAGUCUGGUGUCCGUGGUCCAAGCAGGCCCACAGCCCAUCACGGAAUAAGCAGAAACUCUGAUUUUGGGUGGCAAAGGGGAACAGGUGUGGAGGCCUGGUAGCAAAUUUUCCUUCAAAAACAGUUGUGUGCAGAGUUUGUUCAUAAAAGCUGACCCGUGGGUUCUGAGGGAGUUUGUUGGGAAAAAUAGAUUCUGUUAAGUGUGUCCCCAGGUGGAAUUCUGUCCUUUUGUAGUGGAGAAACCACACAUUCCUGGUGGAAAACUGUUCUUUAGAAGCCUUGAACUGAAUACUGAAAACUUUCAUAAGUUUAAAAGUUCCUUGUAAUUUCAACAAUAAAAAUUUAUUUUACUACUUAAUAA